AUUUGUUUUGGGGGGAAAUUUUGUUUCGUACUUCGUGUGAAAUAAAUUCUUUAAGUAAUAUUUUCUUAUUAUUCGUGCAAAAGUAGUUACUACCAUUUAAAUGAUGAUAUGCUCUAAAAAGCAAUAAAACUUUUAGUAAAUCUGUAGAUAUCUUGAGCAAAAUUUAUGAGCAAAUAUGACUCCACAAAUGAAUGACGAUGAAGAUGUUUUGAAAAUUUUAUUAGCUACAGAUUGUCAUUUAGGUUAUAUGGAAAGUGAUGCUGUUCGAGGUGCGGACUCAUUAGUUACAUUUGAGGAGAUUCUAAAGAUUGCUGUUGAUAAAGAUGUUGAUUUCAUACUACUUGGAGGAGAUCUUUUCCAUGAAAACAAACCUUCUCGUAAAAUUUUACACAGCUGUAUUUCGUUGUUAAGAAAAUAUUGCAUGGGUGAUCGACCUAUACAGUUUGAAUUUCUCAGUGAUCAAUCAGAAAACUUCAAACAUUGUGCAUAUCCAAUUGUCAAUUUUGAAGACCCAAAUUUUAAUAUAUCUAUGCCAGUUUUCUCCAUUCAUGGUAACCAUGAUGACCCUGCUGGCUCAGGUUUAUAUUGUUCUUUGGAUUUACUAAGUGCGACAGGCCUAGUCAAUUAUUUUGGGAAGUGUACAGAACUGGAAAAUAUUAAUAUAUCACCAUUAAUGUUACAGAAAGGUAAAACUAAACUGUGUCUAUAUGGACUUGGAUCUAUUAGGGAUGAGCGAUUGCAUAGAAUGUAUCUUGAUGGAAAAGUUACUAUGUUGCGGCCCAAGGAGAAGAGUGAUGAAUGGUUUAAUUUGAUGGUGGUUCACCAAAACAGAACUAAACAUGGUGCCAAAAAUUACCUCCCUGAACAAUUCCUUGAUAAUUUUUUAGAUCUUGUUGUUUGGGGUCAUGAGCAUGAAUGCCGUAUAGAUGGAGAAUGGAAUGAUAAACAGGCUUUCUUUGUGACACAGCCUGGUAGCUCUGUUGCAACAUCAUUGUGCCAUGGUGAAGCUGUGCCUAAACAUGUUGGGUUGUUGCAGAUUAGAGAAAAAAAAUUCCAAAUUACGAAAAUUCCUCUUGAGACUGUACGACAGUUUUAUAUCAAAGACGUUGAUUUGGAAGAGACUAGUUUGAAUUUAAAUGAACCUGAUAGCUGUGACAAAGUGAUUAAUUAUUGUCAUGAACUUGUGGAUCAGUUUCUGCAAAAGGCAGAAGAAGAGCACACAGGUCAUCCCAAGCAACCGAAACAACCACUUAUUCGCCUUAGAGUUUUUUGUCCUAAUGACUUUGAAACUUUCAGUGUCCAACGUUUUGGGCACUCCUAUGUUUCAAAAGUUGCAAAUAUUAAGGAUAUUAUCCUCUUCAGCCGCAAAAAGUCUGAAAAAGCAAAGCCUACUGAAAUCGAUGCUGAAGCACUGAAAAACAUUUUAAAACAAGAGGGAUUUGAUAAACAAAGAGUUGAAGACUUGGUGAAGAAAUAUUUUGAAGCUACCGAUGACACCAAACGGUUGCUUGUUCUUUCAGAAAUUGGUGUCAGCAGUGCUGUUCAAGAAUAUGUUGAUAAAGAUGUGAAAGAAGCAAUAAGUACUUUGGUUGAUCAUCAGGUGAAAAGGACUCAAAAUCAUUUGAAGCAAACAGCAAUUGAUUCUUCAGCUAUUGAUGAUGAACUCAAGAAGUUCAGAGAUGAAAGAAAAAAGAAUUCUCAAGCAGAAGUUUCAGAUUUUCAAUCUAUCAUGCAAAGUAAAUCACAGACAAUGCGGAGACGAAAUUCCAGCAAUAGCGACAAUGAUGUAUUUGAAGAAGCAGUUGAAACUUCUGCCCCUAAAUCUAGAGGUAGGGGUAGAGGUAGAGGAAGCCGUGGUGGCAGAGGCAGUAGAGGUAGCUCAAAGGCUAAUGAAAGUACAUCAAGUAUUGCUAGCACUAGUAGAACACAGACUCGAGCAGUACCCAAAAAGAAUUUAAAUAAUACUUCCACAACAUCAAAACGGAAGACAAGACAAACAGAUUUAAGUGAUUUUUUUAAUAAUACAGCAGCAACAAAUGAUGUUAUUGAUCUUUCAGAUGAUGAGGAGGAGGAAAUUCCAUCAUCGAAGCGGCGUAAAAUGGCAAAUCAAACUAGAAGCAGAAGAGGUGUAAUCUUUGAUGUUUCAGAUUAAUAGGAAAGGAUAAAAUGCAACCUUUCUUCCAGUAUGAUUGCCUUAUGUAAAACUCAUAAAAUAAUCAUAUUUUAUUUAGCUGUUUAUUCAACUUAUUGUCUUUAUAAAGAAUUUUUAUCAAUAAAUUGGAGGGAAUUGGAAUCGAAUCAAGUUGAACUUAAUAUAGUUAACACUGUAACUAUAAUAGUAAUUAACAAAUUAUAGUUGCACAAAAGCACAUAAACUAUCCACAAGUUCCUUGGAAUUUAAUAUUUUUCAUCAGCAUUUCAUUAGUUUAAUUAAAUUUUCUGUCAUUUCAAUAUAUUUUACUCUAUUUUACAAUUGUAACUUGCAUUUCUUAUAUUUUCAAAUUAACUCAAUUUAAAGCUUGGCAUGAAAAAUAAAUUAAAUAACAUGAUAUUUCAUUAUUGUCCAAGAAAAUAUAAACUUAGAAUUGGAUUUUAAAAGAUUUACAAGCUUUUUCCUCUUUAAGCAGGGUUAAAAAUGAUUUUUGGCAGGUAGAUGCUUGCAUUCUUCAUCAAAAUAGACUUCAAAUAAGAAUUUCUCUUUAUCAUAAUUCUGUGUCUGUAUAUCUAUUUUAUGAAUUAAUGAAAUGAUUUUUACAAUUUAUUUAUUUAUAAAAAUUGGAAAAGUACAUUAGCACUCAGUUGAAUAUUAUCAAUUUCUUAUAUAUUUCAUUAUCUAUCUCUAGUACAAAUAUCACACACAUUUGUUACUAAUGUUCAAUAAAGAGCAUAAUAAUAUCUUUUUCCUCGGGUAUAUUAAUUUAUUACCCAUAUUUAAUAAUUACUCAGGUAUAUGAAUUUAUACCCCAUUUUAUUUUAUUAAUGAAUUACCGGGUAAUUCAUUACUAAAAUAUUAACAAAUGUGAGAAAAUGAUUUCUUCAAAAAUAGUUUCAUUGAUUCAGCAGAGAGUUUGAACACUAUAAAUUUGAAGCUUUUGCACCCAUAGAUAAAUCUUCUGUUGAAGGAGGAAAUGUUUUUUAUUUACUGAACUGUAAGUGUCAUUUCAAGGUGUAUCUAAAGACUUGCUUUACACUGUCAAUGCAUAUUAGAGAAAAUUUACAGUCAGUUUAACUUUUAUGAAAUUUUCAAUAUUUUCUGAUUUUAGUAGUGCUUGCUUAUUUCUUAAUAGCUUGUGUCAUAAGAUAAAGAAAGGGAGAAAUUAUCAUUGUGUUUAUAUAUAUGUUUACAACUCAUUUAUUUUCAUAGGUCUUUUUAUCUGAGAUGGGGACACAAAAUUGUGUAGCAGAAAAUUAAUUUUCUUUUCCUCAUAUUUUAUUCGAAAAGUAAGAAUAGAAUUCAGCUAAUAAUGUAAUUUUUGUUUGUAUGAAAAUAUAUCAUUUUCGAGCUAGUCGAUUUCCUCAUUUUUAAAUUGAUUUAUAUUGAUUAAUAACUUGUUUAUUGGAACUGCAGUAUUGCAGCACCUGUAAGUCCAAUCAGUUUCCUCCCACACUCUUCGACUAAAAAGGUUUUUUCCCUUUUUAAAAUUUUUUUUCUCUAUUAAGUCAUAUAAAUUUCUUAACCUUUAAUAUCUUGAAAAUUUUAUUUUAAUCAACAUUAAAGUUUUCAUAAAAUGUGCACUCUUUCUAAUGCUACUCAGAAGGACAUAAACAGAUAGUAAACAUAGAUGGCAGCUAAAGACAAAUUAAAUUUUAAAUAUUUAUUAAAGUAUUUUCCUAUUUUGGGGGUAUUCUGCUACAAAACAUACUUAAUAACACAGAGUUAUAAUUUAAAAGUUGUCAGUAAAUUAAUUUAAGUUAUUAAUGACUAAAAUUUGUUAUUUGUUUAUUUAUUUGUUUGUUAUCAAAAUCUAAAUAAAAAUUAAGCUUAGAUGCAUCUCUAUUUUUCUAUUGAGCUUGUAGGUUUUAACAACAUAUGCUAUUCACAGGAAAAAAUAGAAAUUAGUAUUAUUUUAAUGAUUUCAUUUUAUCUAAUUAUUUAUCUCUCCUCUUAAACUUUUUCUUUGGCUGUAUUUCUCAACCAUU